AUGUCAAUAACCAAGACCAAUCAACACGUAUUUGAGACGUUUCUUGGAAAUCAAAUUGAAUUGCUGAUUACAAAGCCUACUGAUGCUUCUCAGAGUAAGAAAGUUCCACUGAGUAUUAUCAUAUCAACUUCUGCUUCUAAUGGUGUAGGUAAUAACAAUUUGCUAGCAACGGUGUAUGGAAUUCCAUAUAGAGAUAAUGAGCCAGUGACCACAAUGUUAGUGGGUUUAGAACAUGAUGAAACAAAAGAUUUUGUUACUAGACUUUGUCGUAUACUGGUCAAAAAGUUCUGCCUUCCAACCUAUGUUAGUUUAAGUGGGAGGCCUGGUCAAUCUUUGAGCAGUGCUGAGCAGCUCUCAAUUAUAGAAAGGUGUAUUGAGCACGUCACAAAGUGA